AUGGACAAGAAGACCACAGGCACUCUGCUAGAGCUUGCUGCAAAGAGUCUGCUGAGUAAUGAGCAGGCUGUUAUCCAUGCCCUGGAUGAGCUCCCAAGAGACCUCUUUGUUCCACUGUUCAUUCCUGCCUUCUUGGGCAGGCAUAAGGAGAUACUAAAGGCAAUGGUGAGGGUUUGGCCCUUUUGCUGUCUCCAUAUCGGGACACUGAGUGCACAAGGGUCAGACUAUGACAUCUUGGAAGCCAUGAUUGAUGGUCUGCAGCUCCUCUUUGCCCAGAACUCUUCUUCCUGUAUAGAUGUCACCAUCCUUUCCCAGAGCUCUCAGGCCACCCACCUAAGGCAGUUGAAUCUCUGUCACAACCAGAUAUUCUCAGAGGCUCAUGAGCCCUUCCAGACUCUGCUGGAGAGGGCCUCAGGUACCCUACAGCAUCUGCAAAUAAAUAAUUGCCUGUUAACUGAUUCUACUCUCUCUGCUCUCCUGCUAGCUCUGAGCCACUGUUCAUGCCUCCGUGUGCUUAGUUUUGCCUCCAAACCCAUUAGAAUGCCUAUGCUUUCGAGUGUUCUGCAGCACCUAACAUCCUUGAUGGUACUGAAGCAUGUGAUUUAUCCAGUCCCUCUCCAUUGCUACAGACGAUGA